GCAUUGCUGACAAUCGUAUACAGUUUGUGUCCCUCUCACACUGUUGCUUGGUUCUGCUUUUUGUAGAAAGGAAACUUUUUUUUUUUACACAGGCAGCUACAUUGGAGAUAGCUGUGAGCAGGUGGAUUGUCGGAAGGAAAUCUCUCUGUGCUGGGAUGUGUUCUAGGGCUUCGUGGGCUGUGUUGUUUUCUUUGAUAUUAAUAUGUUUCACUCCAGGCCUGGGGCAGAUUUCCUGCAGGAAUGAAGCAGGGGACCCAGUUGACUGGUUUGUCAUUUAUAAAUUACCCCAGUACAAGAUUAACGAGACGGGGAGCGGUCUGGAUUACAUGUACCUCGACCCCUCUGUUGAGGACUGGCAGCUCAGCAAGUUCCUGGUGAAUAUGACCCAGGGAGCCCUGGGGGAGACUCUGGGACAGCUUUACCAGGCUCACAAACAUCAAUCCAACACCACAGCGUAUCUGAUGUAUAACGAUGACCCUCCGUCACUGGAUUACAAGAAAGGUCACGGCCACACCAAAGGGGCUCUGCACUUCGACAAGGACCAGGGUUUCUGGCUCAGUCACAGCGUCCCCCGAUUCCCACCUUUCCCAGAGAGGGGGUAUGGCUGGCCUCCGACUGGGAAGCAGAAUGGACAGACCGCUCUCUGUGUCACCUAUAAAUACAGCCAAUUCACUGAAAUAGCCAAGCAACUUCUGUACUACAACCCACGCGUCUACAACUGCUCCUUGCCGGAGAUCUUUCUGCCAGCAUUGUCCAAUCUGAGCUACAUCUGUCAGGGCUCCAAGAUACCCCAGUUACCCAAGAGGAGAGUGUGGAAGCUGGUGUCAGCCCGAGGGGAGAGCUUCUUAAACUUUGCUAAAUCUCUCUAUUAUGUAGACGAUAUUUAUGCAGCCUGGGUCGCUCAGGUUUUGAAGAGCAAUUUGUUGACAGAAACAUGGCAACGGAAAGAACACGAACUGCCCUCGAAUUGCUCUCUCCCUGAACACGUUUACAAUGUGAAGAGAAUCAGACUGCCAGGACCGGUUCUAUUCUACUCCUACUUCGAUCACUCCAAAUGGUGUGUCUCCCAGCUCUUCAGAGACCAGUGGAGCUGUAUCGGAGACCUCAAUCGCGAAGACCGUCAGGCAUGGAAGGGCGGCGGUCUUCUCUGUACUCAGAACCCACUCAUCUACAGAGCAUUCAGAAAGGCUAUAUCUUGGUAUAUAGGGUGUCAGUAACACAUGCUGAAACACCAAGACCAAUUAUUGCAUUUCAACAAUGCCAGAAUGUCAUGCCCAUUGCAUUGUUAUUUGUAUCCAGUAGAACAGGAAUUUAAAAAUAAAAUACAAAAGAAAAGUGUGUAUUUCUGAUGUAUUUAGAUUGGUAGCAAGAUUAUUAUUAUUAUUUAUUUUUUAGCAGACACCCUUAUCCAUGGCGACUUACAAUUGUUACAAGAUAUCACAUUAUUUUUACAUACAAUUACCCAUUUAUACAGUUGGGUUUUUACUGGAGCAAUCUACGUAAAGUACCUUGCUCAAGGGUACCGCAGCAGUGUCCCCCACCUGGGAUCGAACCCACGACCCUCCGGAGUCCAGAGCCCUAACCACUACUCCACACUGAUAUUACUGAGAUGCAUUAUGCACUUUUUCAUAGCUCUAUUUUGUAUUUACAGCUGUGGCACAGGGUGUGUAUUUUAGUGAAUAGUGACAUGGGUUAAUUGGUUGACUAGCACUUAUUCCUCACUUUAGUUGACAUGUAUCUACUGAGCCACUAAUCCAGCUGUGGUGAAACUUGUCAAGGACAUUCUUAAUCACAAGUUGAAGGUAUUAGGAGUUGAGGGAAUGUCGCUCUGUCUUAUAAAAAGUUCAUAUCCAGAUGAUUUACUUGACUGACAUGUUUGUUAAUAAAACAUAUGUGUUGCAAUGUCUUGUAAAAACAGAUUGUGUAAAAAAUAUCUAAGAUCAAAGCUAUGAGGAAGUAAGUGUCUUGCUUGUAUUGUGGUUUCAAUAAACAUAAAUCGUAUUCAGA